UUCAUGUUCCUCUUCAACUCGAAACUGCUCACGAUGCUCUGGAUCUCCCCCGCAUUUCAUUCUUGACAUUUGUGACCCUCUUCUGGCUGGCUAGACGCAAUGAUCGUUGAUCACUCGAGAUCAGAUUGCAGUAAUUCCCUGUCAAUCUGCGCAUCCCGCCCAACCGUUUCUUCUUGUCCCCUAGGCUUUUACGUCUGCCAUCCGUUUCAUACCGCACCAGACGGCACUAGUACAUAAUGGCUGCCGUCACCUGACGCUAAAAGCACGGAAUCGAAUCGUGCCAUCCUUGUAAGUACUUAGUCUUUCCCUGCCAUUGCGCUUACAUACAGUGCUCGGUUCCCUCUCAUCUGCCUCUCUUCUCUCUUCCCACCUCCAUCUCCAGUGCCUAUCUCUAUGCUCGCCCUGCUCCCUCUUCUUCCGCUGUUGCCGCUCCUUGCGUCCGCCCAGACGACCGGCCCGACGAUUAACACGCCUGUGGCGGGCGGCAAACCAGGCGCAGCGCAGUGCGAGCCGCUUCUGAUACAGUGGACUGGUGGUGCCCCACCGUAUUUUAUGAGUGUUGAAAAUACCGACACUGCCUCGACUGUCGUGUCGUUUAACAACGUGAACGCCCUGCAAGAAACCUGGAUGGUGAAUGUUCCAACGGGCACCAAUCUUCUUCUUACCGUAAAAGACUCGAGCGGGACGACGGGGUCGAGUGCGCCGUUCCAGGUUGUUCCAGGAGCGGGAGAUUCUUGCCUGACGUCCAGUGGACCGCCCACAACGCCCGCAUCGGCCCCAGCGUCGUCAUCCUCGACCGCCGCUUCGUCGGCUGGAUCCGCUCCCAGCUCCAACACUGGCACUGGGUCCGCCACCACACAAGCGGCCGGUACCACCGCCGCCCCUCCCGUAGCGUCGACGGCCCAGCACACUUCCACAGGAUCCGCGGCCAGCGCCUCUGCCCGUCCCUCGCAGACCGGUGGAGCCGAAAAGACUGUUCGUGCGGAUGUGGUUGUCGGUAUCUACGCAGCUGUUGCUAUGGCUGGAUACGUGUUCUUUUGAAUCGGUUCUUGAUAUCUCCUACUACCUACAUGAUAUCAUGCAUUACUUGUCGUAUUGAUUGCUCGCAAUGAGAUCUUGUUUCCUCUGCGCACACCCGAGGUACACGCAUAUCCGCAACGAGGGAACUCACACAUAGGAUUACAAACCGGCCAAAAUGUCCGCAUCUUUGUACACGACCGCCAGAUCCGCCAGAUCUUUGCGCAGGAUCUUCGUGAGGUGCUGGAGCCCGGCCUGCUGCUCAGAAAGCACCAUCGCGAUCCGUGCCAGCCCGUCCUCGUCAACGACCUUCCACUCGGCACCUCCGGCCUGAUUCCGACCCGCCGCAGCGCCCAAGGCACCGACCAGGGCCCACAGCUCGCCCAGCUUUCCGCGUAGUCUGCCAGACCCGUUCCCCUUCCCGUUCGCAGCCCCCAGUCCCAGCUCGUCUCGGAGCUCGUCGAGCCACCCGCGCACGGUCUCCUCCUCCGCGCGCAGGCCAGAUGAGCGCAGCGCAGGGAUGAGCAGAUGCAGAUGCGUCACGAGCGCCAUGAUGCGCUGCAGGAGGUGCACCUGCUCGCCUGAGACCUUCGCAAGCCGGGCGCGGUUCUGCGCUUGGUGUGUUAUCAGCGUCGCCAGGCGCUUUUGGAUCUCCUCCAUGUGCUUCGCCUGGCCCGCCGCCUGCGUGCCUUGGGCGUCGACGCGCUGUCUCAGAUCGUCGAAGGACGUUGCGAGCGCGGGCACCAGGCUAGAAGGGAAAGUGCAAGUGGAAGUGAGUAGGUGUGUUUCGAUCGGGGACAGGUGGGCACACGCACGUAGCUGGAUCGGGGUUAUCUCG